AUGCCUCCUCCGAUGCCCAACCCUUCCAAGCGCAUGACCGCGCAGCCUUCGCGGCCAGUCGCACGCUACCGACCAGGCAAGCCGGUGCACGAGGAGGAAUCAUCCGAAGAUGAGGAAUCAGAGGAAGAGCAGCCACAACGGAAGGCAGCGCCAAAGAAGGCGCCAGCGCGCCCACAGACCACCAGACCCCAACCACAGACUCCCCCGGACGAGGAUAGUGAUGAGGAAGGCUUCGUAACCGACCCCGAAGAUGAAGACCAAGAUGCGGCUGUCAGCGCACCAACAUCGAAACCGCUAGACACUUCAAAACCAGAUACUACACAUUCAGACCCCAUUCGCUCGACGGCUGGCGCCCAAAGUGACGAAGAAUCCGAAGAGGAAGGCUCAUCCUCAGAGGAAGAGUCUGAGUCCGAGGCCUCCUCAGCAGAAUCUGAAGCUCCCACUCGCAAAUUUCAGCGUCCGACAUUCAUCAAGAAAUCCGACCGUAACGGAUCAGCUUCCCAGUCCGCCACGCCUGCUCCUACACCGAUCGCCGCAGUUUCAGAAUCACCUGCCCCGGACGAUGCCAAAGCUCGGCGGCUUGCCGAGACGGACUACCUCAUCUCUGAAAAGAUCAACCGCGAUAAUCUUGCUCGAGCGCAGGGUCGCCGUGCCUGGGAUGACGACGAUGCCUUCGAACCCGACCAGCUCGUUGAUGACACGGACGGGUUAGACCCUGAGGCCGAGCAUGCCGCCUGGCGACUUCGUGAGCUGCAGCGCCUGAAGCGUGACCGGGAAGCCCUCAUCGCGCGAGAGAAGGAGAUUGAAGAAUCCGAGCGCCGGCGAAACCUUACGGCGGAAGAGCGUGAGGCAGAGGACAAGGCCUUGCUGCAGAAGCAACAAGAAGAGAAAGAUGGGAAGGCGCAAUCAGGUUAUCUUGCGCGAUAUCAUCACAAGGGCGCAUUCUUCCAGGAUUCCGAGGCCGCGGAGGUGCUGAAGAAAAGAGAUGUGAUGGGGGCGCGAUUUGAGGAUGAGGUCACUGAUAAAAGUGCGUUGCCGGAGUACAUGCGCAUCAGAGACAUGAACAAGCUGGGAAAGAAGGGCCGGACGCGGUACAAAGAUCUACGGAACGAAGACACGGGCGGUUUUGGUUCGGAUGUAAGCCGAUGGAAAGGCGCCAUGGGGGCAGCCACAAGGCGAGACGGAGACGGAGUGGACCUGAGGGGUGUGGACGAGAGGUUUUUACCAGAUGACGAGAGGAAGGGUCUGCAGAGUUCCGGUGCCAAUACAGCGCCACUGGGACCGAGGACGGCAACAAGGGUUAGAUCACGGUCCAGAUCGCCGAGGAGAUCAGACCAAGACUCGUACCGGCCGAGGAGGAGGUCAUACUCUAGGUCACGAUCCCGGUCGCGCUCGCCACAAAGGAGAAAACGAAGUCCCUCGCGGGAUCGAUAUCGAGACGAAGAGAAGCGAAGAAGAAUCGAGGCGACUUGA